AGGGGCAACCAUUUCCUGUGGGAUUAUAAGGGGUCUGGUCUCAUGUGGAAGUAUUACAUAAUACAGAUCUCCCUCGUGCAGAGAAUAAGUCAUGCUUGCAUGAUGGUCUUAAAGAGACCAGAAAUAUGACUGUAGAACAUGUGCAGAAGCUAACAGAGCACCAUUUGAGGACUGAGCACUACACCUAUUUCAAUUUCAGAUAUGCUGACAUUUCACUGUUUUAAAAAAAAGCUCUUUGUACAUACAUAUUUUAAAAAGAACUCUCCCUCUCACCCUCUGGGGGGUGGUAUGUGUGUGCUCCUCACGUUCAGGUCCUCUACCAGAGGCCUGGAAGUUAGAGUGCUCUGUGCAGUGUCUUAGCUGGUCCCUGGACUGCACUCUCCUGGAUGGAGACCUUGGAUGUUGUGCCUGGAAUCUGCUCAAGCUAAUUUUCCAGCUCCUUUAUGCUUCUAUUACCACUAGGACCACUUUGGACUUUACCUUCCACAUCUGCUCCAGAUGUUUCUUCAGCACCUGGUUCUCCAUUUUCUUGUGCUCCUUCUUCCUGAUGUUGCUGUCCGGUAGGAUUACAACAUCUAUGACAACUGCGGUCUUCUGUUCCUUGUCAACAACCACUACAAUACUGCUCGGUUUGCCAGCAGCUUCUAUGUGGAAGUGGAAGUCCCACAUGACCUUACUCCUGUUGUUUUCAACCACCUUUUGUGGUUGAGGACUUGGGGACUUCUAGUCCAUAUGCAGCACAGAUGUUCCUGUACACUAUCACAGCCACUUGGUUGUGCCUCUACAUCUAUGCAGUUCCAGCUUGCUUCUUACAUCCUAUUACUCUAUGUUGGAUAGUCUCUGGGGCACCUUUGCACACUGUUCAACUUUGUUCCCUUUGUAGACUCAACCCUCUAUCUGAUGCCUAGAAGCCUGUUCUUGUGCUGCUGUGUUAGAGACUCUGCGCUGUGCUUUAAGUCUGUGUUGUGCCAGAAAAAUGAUUUCAGGAAUUUACCCCAAAAUGAUUGUCUAUAUCUAAACUGUUUUAAAUGACUUGUCAACCCACAAUCUGUCAAACACAUGACAAGCAUGUCUCUUAAGAAUGAUAUCAAGCCAUUUUGGGCCAGAAAUAAAACAGUCCUGUCUUACCUUAAGGUAAGAAGCUGCAGUCGGUUUUUGGCAAAGUGACUUUUAUGUAUCCUAUAUUUAUCUAGGUAAAGAGUGUCAUUGACAUCAAAAAUGUCUUUUUCAAGAGCGAUCUGGCCAAAAGUGCAGCAGAAAUCACAGCAAAUAUAGCAUCACGCUUCUAUCCAGAUAUUUUAAUUGGCCAAAAAGGACUAGAUAAAUUAUAAUGUAGGCACAACAAAGCCGAGUCAUAAAGAUGCUUCCUGAUGUCAAAGUCGUUUCCUCUAUCUGCCGACAGUAUAUCUAUGUGUGUGUUUACUAAAUGCCUUGCUCCAGCAGUGCCUGCUGUGUCAUAUUCCCAGGCUGGUUCAGCAGUAAACACCAAUACACGCUCCUGCUGUAAUGCGCGCUCCCGAGAGCCACGAGGCCGCGCGUUUAACUUGCCGUAGCCAUGGCUUAGGUAAGCGCUCACCCUCCUUCACUGACCUGACGGGGUCAGACAGCAGCAGGCAGGUAAUUGGCACCAGGAUGAUACCGGCGGACACGUAACUACUGGAUGUUCUUUUGUCCAAGUUGUCUACAUCCUGUUCUCGGCAUGCUCGACAAACAGAUCUCCAACUCACCUGCUGGAUUAAAGCGUCAGGAUGAACGUCUUCUUCCACUUCCAAACUUGCUCCAGAGAUUACGGAGGCAUCAUGUCGGUUUUGGGCUCGGACUCCUGGUGGAAGAAGACGCUGUACAUCACCGGGGGGGCCCUGCUGGCUGCUGCAGCCUACCUACUGCAUGAGCUGCUCGCCAUCAGGAAGGAGCAGGAGUUGGACUCCAAAGACGCCAUCAUCCUCCAUCAGUUUUCCAGGCCAAAGAAUGGUGUGCCCAGCCUCUCGCCCUUCUGCCUCAAAAUAGAGACGUACCUGCGGAUGGCGGAUCUGCCCUACCAGAACUACUUUGAUGGGAGGCUAUCGCCGCAAGGUAAGAUGCCCUGGAUCGAGUACAACCACGAGCAGGUGUCGGGGUCAGAGUUCAUAGUGGAUUUCCUGGAGGAGAAGCUGGGUGUGAACCUCAACAAGAACCUCACCCCGCAGGAGAUAGCUGUGUCCCGCGCUGUCACCAAAAUGGUUGAGGAACACCUCUACUGGACAAUAGCCUACUGCCAGUGGGUGGAUAACCUGGAGGAAACACAGAAGCUGCUGGCGAUGAGUGGGCCUCUGAGUGACACGCUGAAAUGGAUGCUGAGCCACCUGAAUGGCGGCAUGGUGCGGCGAGAGAUGUACGGCCACGGAAUUGGACGCUUCUCCAAGGAGGAGGUCUACACACUGAUGGAGAAGGACAUGAGGACACUGGCCACUCUACUGGGAGAUAAGAAAUACUUCAUGGGCUCUAAGAUGUCAACAUUAGAUGCUACAGUGUUUGGGCAUCUAGCUCAAGCCAUGUGGACUUUACCUGGAACACGACCAGAGCAACUUAUCAAAGGAGAGCUGAUCAACUUGGCCAUGUUCUGUGAGCGGAUGCGGAGGAGGUUCUGGCCCGAGUGGUUUGUUGAGGUGGAGGAUUUUUACUACGACGGAGACAGCGAGAGCAGCAGCGGGGGCACCCCCACAGGCCUGCUGGACUUCGGCCUCUUCUCCAGGACUGACACGCUGGACGACAGCGAUGGCAGCAGCCACUCAGCCGGACGCACGCACACACAUUCCCCCGACUCUGACCGCUCGCUAUUUGAUUCGGACGUGGGCACAGGGUCUGACAAUGAUGCUCAGUUUAAAGAGGAGUCAAUGCCAGACCUGGAAGUUUGACCUAGGCAGACUGAGACUGACCGAAGGCUGGAACAGUCGGUGCUACAGGCUGCUGUGUGGUUUUGCUUAAAUAAAUCUGGCUGGAACGAUGUGUCCAAGCAACAGCUCGCACACAGCUGAAAGAACUAUUCCAGCUCCUCCACCUGUAAUGCCCAGCAUGUUACAACUUCCCAAUGGGCAGACUGGGCGUUUGUAUGCAGACGAUGCAAAAUAAACCUUACAAAACAUGCAACUGUACAGUCAGUUCCCUCCCGUAACGUCAGAACUGUCCUUGUGACAGUUCCUCUUUGCCUUAUUUGUCUCAUCCUAAGAUGCAGAAGCUAGCGCAAAAGGUUAACACACAAAGGAACCAUCUCAUGAAGAGCGCGUUGGCAACAGAAGAGUGCUACAGACAUGACAGGUGGCACUUCACUUGCUAUGAAAUGAUGCAACUAAUCACCACUCUGCCGUGUGUCAUAACGCACAAAACCACUGAAACAGGUGGAGAUUGAAAAAGGAACAGCUGCCAUGUCUCUGCUGUUAGCCAUCCGUGUGCUGAGGAGUAAACACAGAUGACAUUGAGCAUCAGUCCGUGCAUUAAGUUGACCCUAAAGUCAUUUUCCUCAUGCUCCCUCAUGCUUCUGUAUGUGGUGAAAAAAAAGUAAAUCAAUCAUUUUGUCUAAAACCCCAGAUACACUUACUGUAUAGGCCUGUUGAACAAAAAUCAGGAGGUAAGAUUUGUGCCUGUUUCUUCUGCAAGCUUCAUCCUAUUUUCUGCCCAGUAAUUAUCUGCCUGCACUUUGUUAUUGUUGAACUUGGAGAGUUGGGUUUUUUUUUGUUGUUGUUGUUGUCGGGUUUUUUUUUGUAGUUUCUUCCAAACUUCUUGUGGUCUUAUCGAAGAGCUGCAGUUCUUGUAUUUGACCACUAGAUGGAGUCAGCAGUCCGCCUGUUGCCUUCUACAUCAAGGUCACUCCAGCCUAAGGACGUGCAGUACGUUUAACACAAGAAAUUUCCACUUCUUUGCUAAAUCUCCAGUUCAUACGUAACGUGUGCGUGUGUGUGUGUGUGCGUGUGUGUGUGUGUGUGUGUACGUGUGUGUGAGAGAGAAAGAUACUACAUACUACAACUUAGCGCAGCAACAACUCACCCUCAGCACUCAGAACAUUGAAACAAAUGGUUGAAACUCCUUUGCGACAUUUUUUUGUUAUGAUAUAAUUUAUUAUCAGUGCCACUUGAUAUUAUUCUUUCUACAGUAAUUUAUUUUUUGUUAAAUAUAUACAUAUAUUUAAUGUUAUUUCUUUUUCUUAUUGCUCUCAAAGAGAGAUCUUAAUUUGCACUAGUGGAAAUUUAAUUUUCACCUCAUUUCAGUCGGAGGAGUCAGCUGUGAAGGCACAGAAUGGAGACUGAACAACGCUGAGCGUUCCGAUAAAGAUCAGGCUGCAGUGGACUGUGCUGCUCAUGUCGGCUGCGCAUAUGCGAAUGUUACCGGGUGUGAAUGUCAUCAGUGAAGCAGCUGAUAAAGUGUUUGCAGACCGGACUGAGUCAGAAUACCAAAUGAAAAGGAAGCGGCUAUAGCUCGGUGGAAAAUCUUGAUUAAAAUGUGGACCAAAGUGUCUGGGCCGGGGGGAGCGUUCGUUUUUGUCUGUCACGUUAAGCUCGCUGGAAGUGCUCGUAAUGGAAAUGUGAUGGCUUUAAAAACUGACUAUGGUACAUAAAAAGUAAGUGUGACUUGCAUUAAAGGGUCUACAAACCCUGAUUAUAAACUUUUUUUUUUCUCCUCACGAGUGGCACUAAACUGUGCAGAUAGUUUUGUUUUGAAUUCUCCAGGCUUGGAGAUGUCUCUUUUCUUAUUUCACUCCACGAGAUUAAUGGAGUUUCAUUUUAAUUCCUGGAAAAAUUAAAAAAUCUUCAUUCAAUUUGCUGGAUAGAUGGUCAGAGUUGUCAGAUUCAUUAGUUUUUAUGCCACAAAAAGGGGAAUAAACAAAAAGUAAAUGAACAAAAUAUGAGAUGGUUAACUUAAACACUUAUCAGCCUAGAAUCUUACAGUGCAAACAGGUUUCGUAGGUUAUAUUCACUUGCUGGCAAAAAAGGCCCAAAUCAGAUUCCUUUGCUUAAAUACCACUCGUGUUUCUUCACAAAAGCACAAAUCACAGAAAUCUGCUUUCUUUUUUUCAAUUCUUUCAUAUGGAGCCCUGAAAUACAGAGUUUUUUAGUCAGUGAAAAUCAGAAUCCAACCACUCCGGGCUCCAACACUGCCUCCACGCCUCUAUAUGAAGCUAGGAGUUACUGUACCACAAAAAGCCACGGUCUUUCUCUUUUUCCUCUCUGAUUAGCCGGCUUCUUCUGCACAUCAACUUAAAAGUGAAAUGGUAAACGCAUUUUUUUCGGCCUCUUGUCGCUUCCGUGUAAAAGUACGAUGCAUGGGACGCUGUUACACAUGUGUCUUUCUGAUAUUGGCUAAGAGAGGAAUGCAAAAAAAAAAAAGUGCCAAACAAACUCAUUGGAGGAUUAAACCAGAAUUUCUGCAUAGGGGCUUGGAGUGUGAACCCAGCCUUCAGAUGUCUGUCACAAAAAUCAAUUGACUUGUAAAUCAUUCAAAUUAAUCUUCUUUUAAUGUUAAAUACUAUAGCUAAUAAAAUGACCUUUGAUUUUUGCAUGCUUUCGAAACAUUUUUGAACAUAUUUUACCUGUCACCAAAAAAUUGAGUCUUUUUUUGAGCAACUAUCAGAGAUUUCUGCAGAAUUAUUUAAAGCUGAUGGUAACUUCUUCUUUUUUUUUUUUCAGAAAAGGAUCCAUUAAUUUUUCUAAUGUGAACAGAGUCGUGUUGCAUUUUUCCCCUCAGAUCUACAAAGAGACACAGCACCUCUCCGGUGAUUGUUUUGGUUGCGCAGGCUGCAACUUAGCUGCUUUUUGUUAAGUCUCACUGCUCUCAUUAGUGUCAUUCUCAGAAGCAGCUGGCAGCUUUUUAGCUCUAGACAAACUGCUUAGCACCAUAUGACACUAAUAAUGACGGCAACUUGCUGGUGAUCAUAAUUGAGCUUAUUUAGCAAGUAAAGAGCUAAAAUUUCCUUCAGAAGUUGGAGACCAAACCACUGAUAAAUUUGAGUGAGUACUGUAGUUAAAUCAGACAGCCAGGAAUGCCAAGUGAACAACAAUGCUCUAAAUCUUUCUAAUAAGCAAGUGUAUAUAGAUAUAUAUAAUAUACUGUUAGCUUACUGGAUUAAUAUUAAACAUGUCCACCUUUCUAAUAAUGAAUUUAUGUCGGUAAUCUCUGUGAGCCAAAAGCUCAGGGUUCAGACUGCUCUUAAUGCUCCGUUUUAGACAUUUUUUCCACUCUUGGCUCUCACUGCGAUCAAUGAGGGGUUAUCCCUAAUAGCUUUGGCAGUGGGAACAGAAGCCGACCCACCAGCUGUUCAAACCUGUUGUUUGUAAGAGGCACCCAAUCAGAAGAAAUUUGUUUUUAAUGUAUGAGAGGUAAAAGAGCUUGUUUCAGACAGAGGCAGGACUGAGGGAGGCACUGUAGAAGAUACAUAAGGUUUAUUUUUAAAACUAUGAAGUGGAAGUGAGAGCAGCAGUUCACUUCAAAUAAGGAAAAAAUCCAUCCAUUUCCAUCCUUAUGAAGUAAAAGUGGAUAUCUCAAAACCUGGCCAGGGAAAACCAAAACUGUCUGCAUGUCUAUGUAUCAUCUGAGGAGAUGACUUUUAUGUUUUGUUUUAUUGUUUUGGGGGAACAAUCCUGGGUAGCUGCCCAAAGGCCAGAGAUGAACUGAGACUCAGGUUGUAGAAACAACCUUCUUCCAUCAUGUCGUCCCGUGGUUUGCAUUCCGACCUGAUCCGCACCAGCCUCGGUUGUGUGCCUCUCAGUCGCCUCAUCCAGUCUGGGCAUGAUAUUACAGUACAGUUGGACUGCAUUAAUCAAGCCAUAUUAAAACUAGAUGUCUUGUUAUUGGAACCACAUCAUAGCGUUUGCUGCUGGUGUAAUGUAAAUAUUGUAUGUGUGACAAAGUGUAUCAUACUGUAUGUAGAGCUGACUGACUGAUCAAACUACCUGUGGCAGUCAUACAAACUGGAGUGACUGGAUGAUUUCAAUAAAGACUAGCUGUGACAAUUUUAACCACA